ACACGAAAAGGACAAAAAGCCCCCCAAGUUGUCGCACAGAAAUCAGCAAUCCCUUUAUCAAAACCCUUUAUCAAAACCCUAAUACCGAAGAACCCUGAUUCCUCUGCGUGGCCACUUCUCAAAACCUGGAAAUGUCCUUCAAUUCCAUUCUUCGCAAGGCCUCUGCUUCUGUGCUUCCUCUUGUAAUUCGCUCUGUAGGUCCACAGAGAACCUUCCACAGUGCAAUCUCCGCCGUACUCGGUGUCGAAAGGCGUAGUCUUAGCAACGAGUUCUGUCGGCAAGUCUUGCUUCCAUUUUUUAGAUUCUCGACCGCCACUGCAGCAAAAUCCAGCGCCGAAGAGAAUCUGAUUCGGGUCCUCGAUUCUGAGAUUGAAUACGCUGAAAAACCCACAGAUGUAGAGGAUCUCCCAGCUCGAUUUCCGUUUGAAAUCCAAGAUAACCCUGGGGAGAGAACCAUAUUACUGGAAAGGAAGUUCCGAGAUGAAAUCAUCAAAGUUGAAGUUGAUUUGCCUAGUAUUCCACAGGAGGAUGAGGAUGAUAAUUAUGAUGAGGAUGAAAAGACUGGGGACUUGGAUGAUUCACCAAGCAUUCCACUGGUUGUAAGCAUUUGUAAAGGAAAUGGUCAGCAUCUGGAGUUUGGUAUCACUGCAUACCCUGAUCAGGUUACAAUAGAUACCUUGUCAGUUAAGAAUUCAGACUAUUCUGAAGAUCAACUUGCUUAUGAAGGGCCUGAUUUUUCUGAUUUGGAUGAAAAUUUGCAAAAGGCUUUCCACAAGUAUCUGGAGAUUAGAGGGAUCAAUCCAAGUACAACAAACUUUUUGUUUGAGUAUAUGAGCAACAAGGAUGCUAAAGAAUACAGGCUAUGGCUGAAGAACCUCAAGAAUUUCAUGGAAAGGUAACUUUCAACCGAUAUAGCAACAGCAAAUUGAAAUGUUUAUCGUCUGCACUUGGAUCAUUGUUUAUAAGGGGAGCAAGUAUUUAAAUUCACCAUGUACUGUUCUUGAGGCAUUCUAGAUACUAUUCUUGUGUCGUGCCCACUUUUUCCACGACGACAACAGUUUUGUAUGACCAAAUUGUUUUAAUUGAUAAAUUGGUUAUUAAUACAAUCCUCUUAUAGGCUUGAUUUA